ACACCCGCUCUUAUCGACUUACAUUGGCUUCCAGUAACGUUUAGAGUUCAGUUUAAAUUACUCCUUUUUGUUUACAAGUCACUACACAACCAAAGUCCAUCCUAAAUUGAAGAUCUUUUAUCCCUGAAACCAGCUGCUAAUUGUGCUCUUUGUUCGUGUGCUCAAUCUCUUCUGUUCGUUCCAAAAGUCAACUGCUCUACACUUGGGGAUCGGGCCUUUGCUCAUGCUGCACCUGUUUCAUGGAACUCGCUGCCAUUGACUAUAAGAACAAGUAGCAGCCUCGCCAUCUUUAAAAAGCAACUUAAAACAUUUCUUUUUAAGAAAGCUUUUAAUUUGUUGGAAUAG